AUGCCGUGUCCCCUGCUACAACUUCCAAAUGAGUUGUUGCAUCAUAUCAUCACUAUAUUGGCCCCCGAACCGCCGUCUCGGGCCCAGCUCUAUCUGACUCCCAAUCUUCAUCUUGUUCGAUCGGAGCAAGAUAAAAAUCUCAAGCACCUUGCUCUCACCUCGAGCCAAUUUCUAGAUUUGGUCAGGCCGAUACUCUUUUCACAUGCUUGUUUAGAGUUGAAAGAUGAGCCUGAUUUCCGCACCUUCCUGGUUCGCUCGAACCUGAACCGCUAUGUCACUUCUCUUGUCGCCAUCUCUCCACCGACCCCAGUAUAUCCGGAUGAUCCAUCAUGGUGGCGUAGAGUCCUCCGCUAUCUAGAUCCAGAUCGCAUCGCCCUUCUAGCCCCACCAGUCUUUAUAGGAGAAACGCUGAAUGCAUCCGUUCAAGGUGGUUUCAACUGGGCAUUUGAAAUCGACCUUCAGAUUUUGCAACUGGAACGAGAUGCCUGCCCAUCGCGUGAUCUAUCCUCGUUGCAAAACUUAGAAUAUUGUACUAACCUUCUCACGGCUCGUCCAUGGACUUCAAUAGCCUUCAAUGAAUCCUCUUCUCUCAAGGCAUAUCACCAUUAUGAAUAUUUCUUGGGUCGCGUCCCCUCAUUUGUUGGUGAAUGGGGGGUUUCACCUCCAGCCACCGGCACACUGGCCGGAUGUCGACCCAGAACCCCCGGCUGUGCCGGAUUUGACGAUGAUAUUAGAGAACUUUGUCUCCUUCUCCUAUGUCGCAGUCUUCCCGUUCUUCAACCAUAUGGAGCUCAUAUUAAAUACCAUUUCCAAAAUGGCCAAUCUGCACCAACUGACUAUUCAGUUGGCCCCCCGAUGUCAACAACCACGCUACUGAACUGGAGCAACGUGGUUCACUCGAUCCAAAUGACCCUUGGAUGGAAUUGGAGAGUGCGAUGGCAUAUUGAUCAACAUCCGUCUAUCGUCGAAUUUCGCAGUCGAGAUCUUCACGUCGAGGCGGUACGCGAGGAUUUGAUCAGGGUCUUGCAGGAUAACAUGGGAACCAAAUGGACAUAUGAUGGGAUAAUGGCAUUGGCAUCGAACGCCUAUUCCGCAGAGCCAGCUUUCCCUAUCCUAGCCCAUUCUCUUCUCUCGCAGCCACGCAGUCCAACACCCCCCAGCGCGCCUUUGCAUGUCAGCGCAGACAGCAAUGACUGGGGCCUCAAAAGACACUGGGACGAAGGCAUUCAAUCCUCCCAAUCAACGAUCUUCAAAUGCGGAACUAUAAUCGGAUUCUCCAGACUAAGAUCCAGGGACAAAAACAACGAUGAUUAUGUCGCUCAGAUUCCCCGACAUCUGCUCAUAAAGAGUUUAUCUGAGAACCCCGCUUCAUCCGAGCCACGCGCCUUUAUUAUAUUUCCGCGUGGGUUCGAAGCUUUCGCUCCUAGAACUUUACUCGGUGUCCUGCAAUCGAGCCCAACCGAGCCAAAGCUUUCUCGGGAAGAAGCAAUCAAAAGACUCGACACCGUGCAAUUACUACCGGUGCAUAAUCUUCCAAAUGCAGCCCAGGCCAUCGGCCAGGUCUCGGGGUCACUACAAAAAAUUGAAAGGUCAAGGCAGCAGCAGGCAGAUAAUACACGAAACAGUCAGCCCGUGAUUCUGAUCGUGGUUGGACUCGACACCCUCGCCGAAGGCGUCAUUCGAGCAUCAAAUCCAGUCAGAGGAACGGCUUUAUUGUCGGCCACUCUCCGUAAUUUAAACCGCAUGUCCCGGGCCCACGCUCCCUACCUCUCAACUAUCCUCGUCAACACCAAUGGAAUUGGUCCUGCGGCUUUUGAAUCAACCCAUCAACAGGGUCCAAACCUGAUCAAGCUCCAGGACGAAGAUACUCGUCCGUCGUGGGAUGAUGGCAUUCACUCGGUCUUUCAAACACCAGGAUCGACGCUUCUUUCUACUCUUCUCAUGAAAACACUCGACCAAGGUAUCGAUACACAUAUUCUCAUAUCAGACAUCAAGACCUCUCAGGUUGCCGAAGUGAUCAAAUCCCGAGUCGGACCUGGGCUCGGAAAAUGGAGCGUAUGGACCCCUAGUACGUGA